GGAAGGAGCAGCCAGUCGUGACCCCGGAAGCAGUGUUUGGAGGGCCGGGUGAAUAUGGCGGCGCCCGGGAGGAGCUGAGAGUAGUUUCUGAACGGACUGAGUCCGGAAUGAUGGAGGGCAGAGAGUUUCUCGCCUCUCUUGUGGCUGGUGGCCUGGCAGGAAUGUGUGUGGAUCUGACACUCUUCCCACUGGACACCGUAAAAACCAGACUACAGAGUCAGCAGGGAUUCUACAACGCUGGAGGGUUCCGUGGGAUUUAUGCUGGUGUUCCUUCUGCUGCCUUAGGGUCCUUUCCUAAUGCUGCACUUUUCUUCGUUACCUAUGACUAUACAAAAUCUGUACUGGGCUUAUGCGUGUCAACAAAACAAGCUCCACUUGUCCACAUGAUUGCUGCUUCUCUUGGAGAGGUGGCUGCAUGUCUGAUAAGGGUUCCUUCGGAAGUUGUCAAACAACGAGCCCAAGCUUACCCCUCACUCGGUACCUAUAAGGUGUUCCUUGAUACCAUAAGGCAGGAGGGUAUUCUAGGAUUCUACAGGGGCUACGGAAGUACAGUAAAACGAGAGAGCGACUUUUCUGGCCUUGGCAUUGACCUCAUUUUGAGUGCUUCCACUGUCUUCUGA